AUGUCGAAAAAGUUCCAGAUUUGUUUUGUGGCAUGUUCUAUUUCUGUGAUUUUAUUCGGUCUUAACGAUUUUAUACUAUUACUUUCCAAACCAACAAAGGAUAGGUUAAUAAAGUCAGUAAGACAUUUUUAAACUAAACUUGUAUUAUAGUAGAACGUGCUAUAUCGAUGAUUGGAAUCGUGUUAACACAAAAGAUAUUCCGCAUUCAGAAGAAAAUCGAUUGUACGCAAUCCAAUCUUUAGGAGCUAUGGAUACACUGUUAGGAGGUCAACUUCGACUAGUUAAUUCAUUUGUUUAUCCAGAUCAUAUUGCGGUUACAACAACAGUUCAACAUUCUGAAAAGUAAACCCGAAAAAAAAACAACUUACAAUAUAUCUUUCUAUAUCAUUUAGCACCAACAUAACUUGUGUCUACUUCGAUUGUAAUCGAGAAGAAAUUCCAGAUACAAGAUUCAAAUCUAGAUAUUACCCUUAUAAUAUUGUUUAUUGUCCUCGAAGAUAUGGAGCUAAAUAUAUGUCAUUGGAUUUAGAAGAUGGAAACGAGAUACCUGAACCUAUCCCUAUGAUUUAUAGAAUUUAUGAAGGUUAGUAGAAGAGUUUUUUCUAAUUUUGAAUCAACUUUCAAAUUUCAGAACCCAUCCACGAAGUUUCAGUUUGUGUUGGUCCAAUUUAUGGAAAUGAAUCAAAAUGGUUAGGAAUUGCUGAAUAUAUUGAACAUUAUAAACUUAUUGGAGUCAAACAUUUUUAUUUCACUGUUUUUGAUAUAAAUGAAUAUGAUCGAAAAAUAUUAAAUGAUUAUAUUCGAUUAGGAGAAAUUGAAGUAACAACUGUAGAUACUGAAUAUAAAAAAGAAGAUUGGCAAUUUCAUAUGAUUCAACAGACGGUUCGAAAUUUUGAAUGAAUAUAUUUAUAUUCUCCAAUAAAAAAUCAGUUUUUAGGAAUGUCAUCAACGCGCGAAAUUUCAUUCAAAAUGGGUUAUUAAUGUUGAUUUUGAUGAGAGACUCGUUCUGACAAACAAUAAAACAAUAGAAGAUCUUCUGAAUUCAGACGAAGCUGCGACAGAAUAUUGGUUGCCAGUUGCACGAGUUUUGAAAAAUGAAACAAUGCCUCAAAAAUAUAUAAACAACUCACAAACAGAAAAAGAUAUGCAAUUUAUCAGACAUAAUUUAACUUCUAUAAAAAAAUUCCGGAAUUCCAAAUCAAUAUAUCGCUCGGAUAUUGCAGCCAGAGUUUUUUAUCAUUAUGUAACUCAAAAUUAUGGACAUAAGAAAUGUAUCAAAAAAGUCGACCCGGAAUUCGCAUACUUGCGGCAUUAUCGAACUGAUAAUGAAAGUGGUAUAAAUUCAGGAUGGCAUAGACAUUUGACAGAUUUCACGGUGAAUCAUUUGAAUGAAGAAUUCAGUCGACAACUUGUGAAAAAUAUAUUGAAACGAGUUGAAUGUGUUUAUAAUGAGAAAUUAAUGUAUUGCGAUGAAAUCGGACCAAAAUUCAAAAGAUAUCAAGUUUAUAAAAAUGCUUUUGAUUGUAUUGUUAGGAACACAACUAUUAAUUAG